AUGUCGCGCUCCUUCUAUGUCGACUCGCUCAUCAUCAAGGACUCCUCGAGACCCGCGCCCUCGCUGCCUGAGCCGCACCCCGGGCCAGAUUUCUUCAUCCCGCUGGGCAUGCCGUCCCCGUUGAUGAUGUCGGUGCCCGGGCCCGGGUGCCCAUCCCGCAAGAGUGGCGCGUUCUGCGUUUGCCCGCUGUGCGUCACCUCGCACCUGCACUCCUCUCGCGGGCCGGCAGGCUCCGGCGGCGGGGGCGCAGGGACCGGGAGUGCAGGGGCUGGAGGUGGCGGGGCCGCGGGGAGCGCCGGGGCCUUGCCCCUGCUCAAGAGUCAGUUUUCUUCGGGUUCUGGGGACGCGCAGUUUUGCCCGCGCGUGAGCCACGCGCACCAUCACCACCACCCGCCGCAGCACCACCAUCACCACCACCAGCCCCAGCAGCCCGGCUCGGCCGCUGCAGCGGCGGCCGCAGCGGCAGCGGCGGCCACAGCCGCGGCCUUGGGGCACCCGCAGCAUCACGCGCCUGUCUGCGCCGCCACCACCUACAACGUGGCAGACCCGCGGAGAUUCCACUGCCUCACCAUGGGGGGAUCGGACUCCAGCCAGGUACCCAAUGGCAAGAGGAUGAGAACGGCGUUCACCAGCACGCAGCUCCUGGAGCUGGAGCGGGAAUUCUCUUCCAACAUGUACCUGUCUCGACUCCGGAGAAUCGAAAUCGCUACGUACCUGAACCUGUCGGAGAAGCAGGUGAAAAUCUGGUUUCAGAACCGCCGGGUGAAGCAUAAGAAGGAAGGGAAAGGCACGCAGAGGAACAGUCACGCGGGCUGCAAGUGCGUCGGCAGCCAGGCGCACUAUGCGCGCUCGGAGGAUGAGGACUCCUUGUCGCCGGCUUCAGCCAACGAUGACAAGGAAAUUUCCCCCUUAUGAGGGAGGGCUGCCCCUCUCUCACCACCCGCUCCCGGCAGCCCCCUCAACUCCAACGAGACGGGCACCAGGGGCCCAAAUCCUGGGCCAUUCCA